AUGCUGAAGAGAAGUCAGAAGACCAGAAGGACACCAACAAAAGAGGAGUUGAAAGAAGAAGAUAAAGAGAAGAACAGGACGGAAGAAGGAGAGGAAAAAGGCAUAAACACAGGAGACGAGGAGAAGAAAGAAGAGAAUAGGAUGGAGGAGAAGAGCGACAGGGAACUACUACUGAGGAUUUGCGAGGAAUUAAGAGAGAUGAAGACGGAGGCGGCAAAAAAUAGAGUCGAGGAGAAGAAAGAAAGAGAAGAGGAAAUGGAGACUUUGAAAAGAGAGAUAAAACGAAUAGAAGACAAAAGAGAACAAGAAGUGAAGGAGCUAAAAGAAAAGAUGGAGACAGUCAAGACGGUGUUCAAGGAGACAGUACAAAUGCUGGAGGAUAAAAUAAAAAACCUGGAAAGAGAGGUAGGGGACAGAAGAGUGGGGGUGGCAGUAGGAGAAGGGAAAAAGGAGGAGGUGACGAGCUGGAUGAGAACAUUGGAAAAGAAGAUAGAAGAAAGAAGAGAGGUGAACAAAGUGGUGGAAGAGAAAAGGUUAAGUGACAUUGAGGACAAAUUAGAGGCGAGAGAGAGGCUAGACAGGAGAAAUAACAUUAUAAUAAAGGGACUAGAAUUAGAAAGGGGAGGAGAAGCCAGAGGUAAGGUGAAAGAGUUUCUCAGAAUGCAGUUCGGAGUAAAGGAGGAAGCGAUAGAAGAGGUAAAGGUGGUAGGAAGGGAAACGAGAAUGAUAUGGGUGAGAAUAAGGAGCAGAGAGGAGAAGGAAGAAAUAAUGAGUAAUAAGAAUAGGCUAGGAAAGGAGAUUUAUAUAGAGAACGAUCUGACAUGGAAGGAGAAGGUGUUGCAGAGGAAAAUAGGAGGAAUAGCAAGGGGGGAAAGAGCAAAAGGGAAAAGAGUGAAAGUGGUAUACAGGGGAAUGAUAGUAGACGGGAAGAGAUACGAACGGAGUGAGGAGUCAGGGGAGAUGAAGGAAAGAAUGGGUUUUUAG